UUCCGGGGGAUGGAUUUCGUCGACACGCAUUUCCGUCAGGCUCUUAUUAGCAUCUCACAUGGAUGGAGCGAUAUUUUAACGUCAAGGCCUCAAUUUAGACAUGGAAACUGUGUGCAAAGAUUGUGUUUUUACUUUGUAUCAAACAGUUUAACUUUGCCGAAGUUAUUUCAUCGCUUGGGUUUAAAACGUGUGUCCGUCUGUUGCUGAGCGGAAGCUAAGUAGCCGCGUUAGCAGGGGUGCCAGCGAGGUUUCGCAAAAGGACAGAACCAAACAGCGUUGCAGCAAAAAAGAUUACCUGUCAAGAUGUUGGAAACCAUGCUUAAUCUUCCGGUGGAGAAACAGAUAUUUUACGCUGUUUUGGGAUUUUCGUGGACGGUGUAUCUUUGGGAGGCCUAUCUUUCUUACAGACAGAGGAGGACAUACAGAUCAACAACACAUGUACCACAGGAACUUGGCAAGAUCAUGGAUUCUGACACUUUUGAGAAGUCGCGUCUUUACCAGCUUGAUAAAAGCAACUUCAGUUUUUGGUCUGGACUUUAUUCUGAGACAGAAGGAACGCUGAUCCUGCUGCUGGGUGGAAUCCCAUUUCUGUGGGACAUCGCUGGGUCUUUAACAGCUCGCUUUGGAUUCACCCCAGAGCACGAGAUAACCCAGUCCCUGGUCUUUCUUACACUUGCCACUCUGUUUAGUGCCUUGACCGGACUUCCUUGGAGUCUGUAUAACACAUUUGUCAUUGAGGAAAAACACGGCUUUAACCAGCAGACUUUGGGAUUCUUCCUGAAAGAUGCCGUGAAGAAGUUUGUUGUGACCCAGUGCAUCCUGCUCCCUGUGACCUCACUGCUAUUGUACAUCAUAAAAAUUGGAGGAGACUACUUCUUCAUUUAUGCUUGGCUUUUUACACUGGCUGUGUCUCUGGUACUGGUAACCAUCUAUGCUGAUUACAUUGCGCCUCUGUUUGACAAGUUCACCCCAUUGCCAGAAGGAGAGUUAAAGACUGCAAUCGAAGAUAUGGCUAAAAGUAUUAGCUUCCCUCUGACGAAGAUUUAUGUAGUUGAAGGUUCCAAACGUUCGUCCCACAGCAAUGCCUACUUCUACGGGUUUUUUAAAAACAAGCGCAUUGUGCUGUUUGACACUCUGUUGGAAGACUACUCCCCUCUCAACAAAGCUGGGGAGCCGCAGCCCGAGGAAACGGAGAGUGAUGAGACCAUGAGCGAGUCCAAAGCUAAGCCCAAGAACAAGAAGCAAGGAUGCAACAACCAAGAGAUCCUUGCUGUCUUGGGUCAUGAGCUCGGCCAUUGGAAGCUUGGUCAUACUGUCAAGAAUAUUGUCAUCAGUCAGAUGAAUUCCUUCCUGUGUUUCUCUCUGUUUGCUGCCCUGAUUGGACGCAAGGAAUUGUUUGUGGCUUUUGGAUUCACCAACACCCAGCCCACUUUAAUUGGCUUGAUGAUUAUCUUCCAGUUCAUCUUUUCUCCUUACAAUGAGCUGCUGUCUUUCUGUCUAACGGUGCUAAGUCGUCGGUUUGAGUUCCAGGCGGAUGCUUUUGCGCGCGGUAUGGGUAAGGCUUCACAGCUCUACUCGGCCCUUAUCAAGCUCAACAAGGACAACCUGGGCUUCCCGGUUGCAGACUGGUUGUUCUCCAUGUGGCACUACUCUCACCCUCCUCUCCUGGAGCGCCUUAGAGCCCUGGGCAAUGUGAAGCAGGACUGACAGGGCUGGAAGGAGGAGCGGCGACCGCUGCCUCCCCCGAAGGGUUUUCGCAGACCUCUCCUGGCCCUGUGACGCAUCCAGAUGUUCUUCCCAUCAGCCCCCAUCUUGUUUUAACUUAUUUUUAGUCUUUUCGGGACAUAUUUUCCAUUAGUUUCUUUUAUUGUACACAAAACCAAAAUUUUGGCCUUAAAAAUGUUUUUUGUUAUUACUUUUGGUCGUAUUUUCUCUGAACUCUCCCAUGCACUUGUUAGCAAUUCAUCUGGACAAUAUUUAUUCUUGAAAAAGACAAUAUUGUCAGAGUAUGGAUGGAUUUACCAGCUUGAACUUAUAUAUUUUUUGAGGAAAUUUGGCUUUUUGAAUUCACAACUUAUUUCCGAGAGAGAAAAAAAAAAUGUUUUAGAUUGGGAUGCCAAAAUGAAAUCCAUAAUUUUAAUAUAGUUUUUUUUUUUUUUAAUGCAAAGACCCCAGUUAUUAUUUCCACUCCCCUACUUGACUUUUUUUUCCCUGGCACGCUCUGUAGAGAGUUUCUACGAAAAGGCAAUUUUCUCAAAUUCAAUAUUUUGUUUAAGGAGCUGUACAGUGGCUCGGUCACCUUGAGGUAAAAAUAAAAUGAGUGCCUCUAAUUCUCUAGUUUUAAUUGUAAAUAAAGCAGUGCAAAGACUUUGAUUCUAAGUUAGAAUUGAGAUUUUAUUUUAUGCAAACAAUGGACAGGUUUUUACUUUUUCUGUAGCACUUGCUUUCCACCAAGGGUCCAAAUGUAAAUAUGUAACUAUUGGUUUGUGAUGGGGAGAAUUGUAAAUGAAAAAAAAGGGGGUUGAAUUUGGUUUAAAACAUUAAGUUAAUUCAAAGCUCAGUUUCUUUUCUUGAUUAUUGCCCAUUCUUGGCAGAUAAGCAAUGGGGAUUUUGGGAAGGUGUCAACACUUGAGCCAGAGUUUGGUUUGUUUGAAGGAAGAUUGUUUGCUGUCUUUGAUGUGUUUAAAUAAAGUUAUUGAAUGCAAAUUGAAAGUUCUGAUUUUUUUCCCCCUGCAUUGAUAUUUAUUAAAAAUUGAACCAUAUUGCAUA